AUGCCGAGCAGGUCCGAAGACGAAUCCAAAGUGUCCUCCUGGGGCUUCUCGCACGUUUUCACUUGGAGAGAUGGACCCAACGCGUACUAUCGGCCGCAUUCGCACUCUGGCUUGACGACACAUCUCAUUCGGAAAGGCUCGUUGAGCAUCACAUACCCCGAAGACACCGACCCCACCAAAGAGACCUUCGGCGUUGGGGCUCGUGUCGACGUACCGGCUGGGAAGGUCCACGAAGUGUGGAUGGGCGAUGAUGGUGAGUACCUACGAUCGGCAGCGAAACGAAGCGCUGAUGGUGAUUACGAGGUUGUGAGUAUGUCAUUGGAGAGUAGAGAGCCUGGCAGUUGA